AUGUUGAGUGUAAUCGACGAAGUCAACGCCGCACAGGAAGCUCUUCGCCGGCGUCUGGCUGGUGCCAUCUCUACGCCACCUCGUGGGGUGUCAGAAGAUGCCCUGCCUUCAGUGCCUUUGAUCGACCUCAGCAAGUCCUUUUCUCCGGAUCUGGCCGAUCGUCAAGUUGUCGCUUCUUAUCUCCGCGAUGCCUGCACAGCAUCCGGCUUCUUCCAGAUCAGCAACCACGGCAUUACCGCCUCCGCUAUCGCUGGAGUUCUGGGGCAGGCCGAACAAUUCUUCAAGAAGCUUAGUCCUUCGGAGAAGGACGCUUUGCAUAUCCGCCAUAAUCAGCUCUUUCGGGGCUACGAGGCCGGGGGCGAUACCUACGUCAAUCCGGACGACCACGAUGGAACGUCCUCGCCAGAAGUUGAGACUAAGGAAUGCUUCAACUGUGGUUAUGAGCCGGCCCUGGAUCCCGAUUCCACAUCUACAACGUCAUAUGUCGAACUCGACGGCUGGCCUCCGUCAGGCCCAGACCGGUGUAACGUCUGGCCAGACCCGUCGCUUCUCCCACACUUCAAGGCCGCUCUGGCUGUAUACUAUGGUCAAGUGCUAUCCCUGGCCCGUCAUCUCUUCCGGCUCUUUGCACUCAGCUUGAACCUGGAGGAAACCCAUUUCGACAAGCUCACCACCCACCCGGGCGGUAUCUUCCGGCUCCUGCACUAUCCAGCACAGUCGACGGCCCAGCUGGCUGGGAAAGAGAAAAUGCUAGGCCUCGGAGCUCACACGGACUACGAAUGCUUUACCUUGCUGCUAUCGACACCACACCCUGGGCUCGAGAUCCUGUUCCCCCCAUCGCCAUUGACGGAGAAUAAGCCGAUCUGGAGACCCUGCCCGGUGCGCCCGGGGACGCUUACGGUCAACGUUGCCGACUUCCUCAUGCGCUGGACCAAUGGCGUAUACAAGUCUACAAUUCACAGGGUUGUCAGCCGGCCAGUGAAAGAAGUCGUCGGUGGUCAAGAGCUGCUCAGGGGUAGCGAGGCGCGGUAUAGUGUCCCGUUCUUCUUUAGUGUCAACUAUGAUGCGGACAUCGAACCGCUCCCGGAAGAAGCUGUUGGGCCGAGCAAGUUUCGAACCAUGAAAGCGGGAGAAUAUGUGCUUGAACGGCUGAAGGCGACUGCUUGA